UUCAAAAAAUGUAUUUUAUUUGUUUAUUUAUUUUUGCUUUUCCACUCCCAUUUUCUUUGAUUGUCAAAGUUACACUCAAUUUGAGUUCAGUGUCCAAGUAUUGGGUCAAGUAAGAAUCCGGUUAUCAAGUGCUAAUGUUUAUUAGUUAAAGUUGAGUGUUUUAUUGCAAUUGAUUAGUUUUUUAGGGAGUCGCACAAUUUUGAGCUAAAGAGUUAUUUAUUUAUUUGCUUUUAUUAUUUUCCAAUGCAAUAAAACCCACUUAAUUGCUUUUAAAGAGUAACAUAUUCCUUUAAGCAAUAUAUGGUCUCGGUUUCUGUGCCCUCAACUCUAUAAUUUGUUUUAUGCUUAUAUUGUGAGUAAUGAUUACCACACACAGGUUAUUUGCACACUCAUCUUAUGCACACACCCCACGAUGUGGGUUUAAAUCAUGCUUUGAGAGAGUAUAUAACAAGAUUUAAGCCUUUUGCCAUAUGUUAUUAUUGUUUCUAGUAUUGUUACGGUAAUGAUGAUGUUAGUGACUUAAUGUGAGUUGGGUGUUGCUGGUAUAGCUGUUGUAUUUGUUUGCUAUAAUCUAAUUGUUGUUGAUAAUUAUUGAAUUUGGUUUGAUUGGUUUGAUUAGAAGAAGAUUUGGAUGAGUUUGAGGAUGAUGGGUUUUUAGUAGAUGAUAAUGAUGAUGAUGAAGAAGAAGAAGAAUCGGAGGAAGAACAACAAAGCUAUAAAGGCAAACAAAAGAAAAAGAGGAAAAGGAAAAGAAAAUCGUUGAGGAGUCUUAUGCUUGAUGACGACGAUCUUGAGCUGAUUCGAGAGAAUGAAAACUUGAGCAUUAUUCAAUCAGAGAAGGGAGGUGCAAAGUUUAAGCGGCUCAAAAAGGUUGGGGUUGACACUGAACUGGAAGGGCCCUCUAGCAUUUCAGAUGACGAUGGACCACUAUUUAGUGAUGUUGCUGAAGAAGAUGAAUACGUGCCUGAUGAUGAAGAGGAUGAAAUGGCAAAUUUUAUAGUGGAUCAUGGAAAAUUUUAUGGGAAGGGAGCCCCCAUAAGUUCUACUUACAAAUCUCUUUCUUGCCAAAGAAAUCUGAAUGAAAAGAAGUCAAGGCAUGCAUCAAAAGCUUCAUCUGCAGUAGGGGAAGCUAGUUACACUUUUGGCAAUGCUGAUGAAGUACUGAAUCUUCAUGACCAAGUUAUAGCUGAGAGUGCCAGACCUGAUGAUUCUAAUGAUUUUGCACCUUUCAUCCUCAAAGACAAGUACAUGACAGAGAAGGAUGCUAUUAUAAAGGAGAUUGACUUGCCCGAGAGGAUGCAGAUAUUUGGGGAAGUCAUUGGGCCUGCUCCAGUUGACGAAAUGAGCAUUAUAGAGGAGUGUUCUUGGAUACUUGGUCAACUUGGGACGUAUGUGUAUCCAUUGUUCUGCAAGAUGCCGGAACAAGCUGAAGGAUUUGACCUAUGUAAAAGAAUUCGUAAGGAAGACAUUAUGAGCUUUUUGAAAUUGCAUCAUGUGGAGAAGUGUGAUAUUCCGUUUAUUGCUAUGUAUCGGAAGGAGCAGUGCCUGAGUCUCUUGAAAGACCCAGAGCAAGAUGAAGAAAGCAGGGAUAAGGUUGAUGCUGAGAGAAUGCCUAAACUGAAGUGGCACAAGGUUCUUUGGGCCAUCAAGGAGCUUGACAAAAAGUGGUUACAUCUUCAGAAGCGGAAGAGUGCUCUUCAGAGGUACUAUAACAAGCGCUAUGAAGAGGAAUGUAGCAAUAUAGUCAGUGGGGCAAGGCUUGCCUUUAUUAAGGAGCUCUUUGAAACCACCAUCAAGUCUCUGAAGAAGGCUGAAUCUGAGAGAGAUGUUGAUGAUGUGGACAUGGAGUUUAGUAUACAUUUUCCUCCAACUGAGGGGGGCAAUGGUGGAAAAUAUAAGAGGCCUGCAAAGAAAUCACAAUAUAGCUACUGCAAUAAGGCUGGCCUGUGGGAGCUUGCACACAAGUUUGGUGACUCCAAGCAAUUUGGCUUCCAAAUAACUUUAGAGAGAACUGGAUUUAAGUUUGAUGAGGAUCCUGAGGAAUUUCCAGAGGAGAUAGCUUCAAAUUUUAUGUGUGAAAUGUUUGAAACUCCUGAAGCAGUGCUCAAAGGUGCUAGGCACAUGGCCGCAGUGGAUAUCAGCUGUGAGACAUUGUUUAGGAAACAUGCCCGUGGUAUUUUCAUGGAUAGAGCUCUAGUCUCAACAAGCCCUACCCCAAAAGGAAACAAGGAAAUAGAUUGUUUUCAUCAGUAUGCAGGGGUCAAGUGGCUACACAACAAACCACUCUCAAAAUUUGAGGACAUGCAGUGGCUUCUUAUUCAGAAGGCGGAAGAAGAGAAGCUCCUUGAAAUUACCAUAAAGUUGCCAGAGAAUGCCCUGGAUGAGUUGAUUAGUGCAUCCUAUGAUGUUUAUCUUAGAGACAAUGAUAAUAGAUCUGCUCAAAUUUGGAACGAACAGCGCAAGAUAAUUCUAGAGGAUGCAAUUAAAAAUUUUCUUCUUCCUUCUAUGGAGAAGGAAGCAAGAGCUCUGUUGACCACCCGAGCAAAAAACUGGUUACUUAUAGAAUAUGGGAAGCAGUUCUGGAACAGGGUCUCUGUGGCGCCAUAUCAUUGUAAGGAAAAUGUUGUUGAUGAGAAUAAAGGUAUUGCACCAAGGGUAAUGGCCUGUUGUUGGGGUCCAGGAAAGCCAGAAACUACAUUUGUAAUGUUGGAUUCUUCAGGAGAAGUGCUUGAUGUGUUGCAUGCUGGGUCAAUUACUAAACGGUCACAAAAUGUUAUUCACCAGCAACAGAGGAAGAAUGACCAACAGCAUGUUCUUAAGUUCAUGAAAAAUUAUCAUCCACAUGUCAUUGUCUUAGGUGCUGCUAAUGUGGCUUGCACACGGUUGAAGGAUGAUAUCAAAGAGAUCAUUUUUAAAAGGGUAGAGGAGAAUACUGGAGAUAUCAGCCAAGUUAUGGAUGAGAUCAGCGUUGUUUAUGGGGAUGAAUCCUUUGCCCAUAUUUAUGAACAUUCACAGAUUUCCUCAGAACAGCUGCCUGGACAACCAGGCAUUGUAAAGCGUGCUGUGGCUCUCGGUCGUUACCUCCAGAACCCGUUGGCUAUGAUUGCAACAUUAUGUGGGGCCCAAAGAGAGAUAGUAUCUUGGAAACUUAGCUCCUUGGAUCACUAUCUUACAGGUGAUGAGAAGUGGGAGAUGAUAGAACGGGUUAUGGUGGAUGUUACUAACCAGGUAGGUCUAGACUUGAACUUGGCUGCAAGCCAUGCCUGGCUUUUUGCGCCUUUGCAAUUCAUUUCUGGGCUUGGACCUAGAAAGGUGGCUUCAUUACAGAGGCAAUUACUUGGAGGUAAAGAAAUUAGAAAUCGAAGAGACUUAAUUAGUUGCGGACUGAGAGGAAAGAACGAUUUCUAUAAUGCAGUUGGUUUUUUACGAGUUUGUUGCAGUGGACUGCAUUAUACUGGCAAAGAUACUAAUCUGUUGGAUAAUACAAGAAUUCACCCUGAGUCAUAUAGUCUUGCAGAGGAUUUGGCAAAGGCAGUUCAUAAAUUUCAUGUUCAGGAUGAUGCAAUUAAUGCAGAUUCCCUGGAAGAGCCUGUACAGUACAUUAAUGACAAUCCACAACUGCUAAAAAGUUUUGAUAUUACUGAUUAUUCAGAAAAAUAUGAAAUAGAAAUGGGGGAAAACAGAAGAGAGACUCUUUAUGAUAUUAGAAUGGAACUUCUUCAUGGAUUUCAAGAUCCUCGAAGGCCUUAUGAAGAACCAACUCAGGAUGAGGAAUUUGAUAUGGUAUCUGGAAAAAAUGGGAAUGCUCUUGCUGAAGGAAGAAUAGUCCAGGCAAUGGUUCGCAAUUUGCAAUCUCAUCGAGCAUUCUGUGUGCUUGACUCAGGCUUGACUGGGGUACUCGUAGAGGAAGACUUUUCAGAUAAUGCUGAUGACAUUUCUUUAGCAGACAAGCUGCAUGUAGGUGAUAUUCUUACCUGCAAGAUCAAACAAGUAGAAAAAGACAAAUUCCAGGUGUGUCUGACUUGUAAAAAAAGUGAAUUAAAGAGUAAUGGAGACCAAAACUCUUCUGAAGCAGACCCUUAUUACCAUGGAGGCCAGAGCAGUUUACGAAGUCAGCAGGGGAAAGCCCACAAUGGGGAGCUAGCAAAGAAGCCUUUCAACCCAAGGAUGAUUGUUCAUCCUCAUUUUCAGAAUCUAACUUUGAAUCAAGCAAUGGAGUUCCUCUCAAAUAAGGAUGCUGGAGAAUGUAUUUUUCGCCCUAGUGCCAGAGGUCCAUCUUAUCUUACUUUAACUCUGAAAAUCUGUGAUGGAUUUUUUGUGCACAAAGACAUCAUCGAAGGGGGAAAGGAUCACAGCAAUAUUACAAGCUUGCUUCGUCUUGGAAAGACAUUAAAAAUAGGGGAUGAUUACUUUGAGGAUAUUGAUGAGGUUGUGGAUCGUUAUGUAGACCCACUGGUAACCCACCUGAAAACAAUGGUUAGUUUCCGAAAAUUCAAGAGGGGUUCAAAAGCAGAGGUUGAUGAAGUGUUGAGAGUAGAAAAAUCAGAAUAUCCGACUAGAAUUGUUUACUGUUUUGGAAUUUCUUAUGAGCAUCCUGGAACUUUCAUCUUGUCUUAUAUAAAAACCACACAUCUACGUCAUGAGUUUGUUGGUCUGCAUCCCAAGGGAUUCAAGUUUAGGAAGCAAAUGUUUGGGAAGAUUGAGCAAUUGGUGGCAUAUUUCCAGAAGCAUAUUGAUGAUUUGCAGCAUGAGUCAGCACCAAUGCAAAAAUCUGCAUUUGGGGGUUCUUCUGUAAAGACUAGUGAUGGGGGAAGCAAUGAUUGUGGUUGGCAAAGCCAGCCAAAAUCAGGCUUAGACAAAUCUACCCCUUUUCCAAAAGAUAAAAAUGACUAUGGAGAUGAUGUUGGAGAUAGUGGCCAAGGCCUUGGUCGUGGAUUUGGGAGUGGACGUGGACGUGGACGUGGUCGUGGCCGUGGUCGUGGGCGUGGGCAUGGGCAUGAUGACAGCAGCCAUGAAAAUAAAGAUUCUGGUUAUGAUACAUACUCAAAGUCGGACUUUGGUUCGAAGGAUGGAGAUGGGGGUGGUGGUGGAUGGAGCACUUUUCAUAGUGAAAAAGUUCAGAAUUCACCCAGCAAAUGGGAUAGUGAUUGUACUAAUACUAAUGGAGGAAAUUGGGGGGGUGUAGGUGAUGGUACAGGUAGUUGGAGUGGGGGUGCAAGGGAUAACAACAAUAAGACUUUCUUUGGUGAGCUGGGCAGUGGUGGAACUGAUGAUGUUGGUGGAACAAGUUGGGGACCUAGUGGUGGUACAGGUGAUUGGGGGUGAUAGCACUAGUAGUAAGGGUGGAGGUGCAGGUGGUGUCACUUGGGGUGGCAACAAGGGAGCUGAGAGUAAUAGUGGUGGAAAUCAAGGGGGCAACAAUGUACGUGGCCAUGGGGGUGCAAG